AUGAAGUGCGGAGAUACAACCCCUCGUCCGCGUCGUGGUCCGGGGCGACCCCGAAAACCACAUAUUGAGUCUGUAGAGGCUGAGCCAGUGGAGUACGAGGAGGAUUCUGUUAGGGAUCCUACAGAGGUUGAGAUUGAUAGCCAUGUACAGACUCCUCAGGUUCCCACGAGAUAUCCGGGUUUUCAGCCCCAGUUGGUUCCUCCCACCUUACCACCGGUAGCUCCUAUUCCUACUGCUACAUCUUGGACGAAGGACAGAGCUCGGAUUCCGUUACUGGCCCGAUCGGUAAAAGAUCGUUUUACCUUAUUCUAUGGAGUUCCCGACCCCAGUGUUGCUCAUUCCUGGUUGGGAAAUGUGGAGGAUACGUUCGAAUAUUUGUCAUGUACCGAAGAAGAAAAAGCCGAACUAGCUGCAUAUCACCUCCGAGAUCAGGUUGUUACUUGGUGGAAGAUGCAGAAGUCCCUCUUUGGGGAUCAGAGUAUUACCUGGACUUUAUUCCGAGAAACCUUUGAGAGACAGUAUUUUCCAGCUCCUUACCGUAUGGCCCGUCGACAGGAAUUCUUAAGUCUUAAGCAGGGGGAUAGAUCGGUGAUGGAGUAUGAGGCAAAGUUUAACCGAUUAGCUGAGUACUGCCCACAGCUUGUUGCUCAGGACAGCGAUCGGUUAGACCAGUUUAUCCAGGGCCUUGCGGCGUAUAUUCGUAUCCGGAUGUCAGGUUUUACUCCCAGCACUUACCGAGAGGCAUUGGACAGAGCAUUGAUGAUUGAGAUGACGCAGCAGAGAGUUUCUCAGGAGCGGGGAAAGGAUAAACAGAAGGCACAGGGUACAGCUCCAAAUCAGAAACAACAAUACAAGGAUAAGAAAAAGCGGAAGAAAUGGCAGGGAUCCUAG